AUGGCUCCCACCAAGGCCGCCUCCACCUCCAAGAAGUCUGGCCAUGCCAGCUACCAGGACAUGAUCACUGAUGCCAUUGCCAACCUCAAGGACCGCAAUGGCUCCAGCCGUCAGUCUCUUAAGAAGUAUGUCAAGGCCAACAACGCCCUCAACGUCACGGACAACAUGUUCGACUCGCUCUUCAACAAGGCUUUGAAGGCGGGUGUUGAGAAGGGUGCCUUUGAGCAGCCCAAGGGUCCCUCCGGUGGCACCAAGCUGGCUAAGAAGAAGCCCGAGCCCAAGAAGGAGAAGAAGCCCGUCGCCAAGAAGGAGGCCGCUCCCAAGGAGAAGAAGCCUGCUGCCAAGAAGGCUGCCGCCCCUAAGAAGGCCGCCGCUCCUAAGAAGGAGGCCGCGCCUGAGAAGAAGGCUCCCGUCAAGAAGGCUGCUCCUAAGAAGGAGGCUGCUCCUGAGAAGAAGGCCCCUGCUAAGAAGGCGGCCGCCCCUAAGAAGGCCGAGAAGCCCGAGACUACUCUGACCAAGACCAAGACUGGCCGUGUCACAAAGGCUGCUGCUAAGCCUGCGCCCGCAAAGAAGGCCGCUGCCCCCAAGAAGGCGGCCGCACCAAAGAAGGCUGCUGCUGCCAAGGCAUGA